AUGAGCACAUGCCGACCAUCCUGGAUCAAACGGCUGCUUGCGACGGCCAGGGCCGGUAACUGCAAGGUCUUCUACAACCAGCGUCUCAUUUGCCCCCUCCACUUGGGCGGUCUGUCACGCCUCGUGCGCCUGCGCGUCAAGCUUAACGAUGCUGCCAUGAAUUCGGACAUCGAGGACGUCUCCCCAUACAGGGACGUGCUCUGGCUGUAUCAGCGUAGCGACGAUGACAGUGGCCUUCUCAAAGGCGGCUGUUACGUUCUGUCGCCGGACGAUGUUCCUGCGGCGACAAAGAACGCCAUUCGCAAGAACGGCUACACAUCAUCGCGCACAGAUACACUUCUCCGCCUGUAUGGAGGAAUGACAACCUGGCUGGGAAGGCGAGAGGAACAAUGGCUCGAGGGCAAGACAACGAACCAUCACCGCGGUUCGUGCAUACCUUCCAACGAAUGGAACUGGGUGCCGGUGUUCGUGACAGAGGGUGACGACCCAGCGUACGCAUUCGGGGCGACCGAGAACCACUUCCUGGAAGUUGCGAUCAACUCCAUUUUUGAAUGCACAAACAGGAAAAAGGGCAGCCUCAAUUUUCCUGUUGACGGAUACAUUAUCGAGCGCAUUGUCCACUCCAAAAUCGCUUUGACGUGGAUUGGGGCAUGGGAGUCACUGCUCGAAAUGGACCCCGAGGCACACUGGCCUCCCCGGGCAGACAUCGCGGGCUACAUUCUGCUCCUCAAACCGCUGUACCCCGACCGCAUUCCAACAUCGAGCGUCGAGGUAUUCGAGCGCCUCCUGACAGGUCGGGCGACCGCCGAAUUGCGCCAGUUGCUCAAUGUCCCACACCUCUACAAGGCUGUCGCCAACAGAACCCACGCGUUCACUUGGCGCUCAGACCAAGUGGCGCGUCUCCAGGUCCAGUACUAG